AUGAUCUUCUCAGACUUUUACAAAGGGUCACGGUCGCCUUUGUCUAGACUCCGCCAACAAAGUCCCCAGUCACGAAAUCCAGCAAACUCACCUCCUUGGCUUGCUCCCGAAUAUGAAGACCUCCUCAGUAAAGACAAGUACAGGCAAAAGGAUGCCAUCAAAAAAUACUUAGCCGCCAAGGUCAAGACCAAUUGGGGAUGGCAGUGGGCACCGGCCCGCAAGCCUGAAGAGAAAACCCCCGAGAAGCCAUCUGAUUCAGAUGAACCGAGAAACUCUACCACAAAAGAUUCGGAACCUGAAGCAAUCAGGGUCGAUUCGGCCAAAGAUAUGCGUGAUCGGACCUCCGAAGAUGCUGGCUACGCUGUUGAUAGCAGCGAUCAGGGCGAGGAUGCUUCAGACCAUGAAGACAUUGACGCCGAGAACGACGACGAUACGGAUUCAGUCUACAGCGUUGUAUCAGAGGAUGCUGUCAACUACCGUCCCCGCAUGGAAUGGUACUCUGACCUGUCCGACGAUGAGGCUGCCAUUACUUCUCUAGACAAACUCGAGGCUACCGAUAAUGUUACCAAGACUUCAAUCUUGGAGAAGCGAGCUGCACGCCGGAGAGCUGCUAGAGAGGAAAUGACUUGGAAUGAGGGGCUGGCAUGUUUCGAGGCACGGCGAAACGCUUGGACUGGUGCAAAGACCGUUCGUGUGCGGAGCAAACCGGUCUCUUCACCACCGGUCUCUCCUCGUUCUCCCCGGCGCUUUUUCUUCCGCCGCUCCAUCUCUGGAUCUCCACCUUCGGCUGCCUUGAUCGACCCGAAUCCGCUUGGAAAUAGCCCUACAGGCACGAUAUCCGACAUUUCAUCAAUGGCUAAAGACGAGAAGGACCUCAAAAAGCAAGGCUCUAGAGACUCUGACCGCAUCUCCGAUCGCUUGCUACCAGUUGAGACGCUCCUGCCUAUCCCAUACCCAAUCCUGCCUCCCACCAAUUCUUUCCGAGCUUCUAUUACUCCUUCGCUUUAUCUUAGCCUCUACGACAAGGUCAUUCUUAACAAUUUACAACCGUCAUGCCCGAUCAACCUGCAAGAUAUGAUACGCUCCUGCGUGACAGGAUGGAAACGUGACGGUGAAUGGCCCCCAAAGCCAUCAGCUCCCGAACCCAUUGUCGUUACAAUGCGGCGUAAGAAGGCCAAAAAGGCAGCGACAACUACAGGGGGCUCAAUCGGCAUCACUGCGCGGAGAUUGAGUUUUGGCUUAAUUGGCCGUGAUAAGGACGACGAGUAUCACGCCGGCAUGGGCAUUCGCAAAAGUCUUCAGAAAGUGCUUGGUUUGGGAGCACAGCCAGAAGGCCAACACCAUUGA